AUGAGUCACCUACUUUGGAAAUAUUAUUGGGAAAACGAUGUCGAUAGGUUUCGACGUCUACUGGCCCCGGCCGGGCACACGUCACAAGCUGCAACAAGGAGUCCAGCGGUAGCUGCCUCGCCUUUGGGGGGAAGUCCCGGAGGAUACGGGACCUCCCCUCGGAAUGCAAAGCUGCGAAAGUCUUCCGCCGUGGGCGUCAAUGCUGGCCCCUCCAAGAGCUCCAAUACCACACUGGGAAAAGCUGAGAUCAACAGUCGCGACCAUGCCGGUCUAACCGUCCUCCUCCGGGCCGCCUCUUCCACAAACUCCGACGCCAUUCUAUUCAUUCAGGCGCUUCUCGAACAUCCUGCGGUCGAUUUAUAUGUGCAAGACCUGGAGAGUGGAUGGAAUGCUCUUCACAGAGCCCUAUAUACCGGAAACAUCGCGAUAGCCCGCUUGCUGCUCGAAAGGGAGCGGAAGAUCUUGACGGAACAGACACUUGGAAGCUCAGUGGCCAAGGUUGGUCAGCUUAUUAAGACGAAGGACCGAGAGGGUAACAGUCCCUUCGAUCUCUACAAUUCGACCAUUGCGGUACGGAUGGUUGGUGGCUCAGGAGACUCAGACGAUUCAGAUGUCGACUCAGACAUGGACGGCAGCUCUGAUGGAGGCCAGGUGCUGAUGAAAUCUGUUGCUGCACUAGACGGCGUUUCCGAAGGCGUUGAGCUUUUCGUCUUCGGUAGUAAUCGGAAUCUUUCUCUUGGAGUGGGUGACGAAGACGACCGCCAGUUCCCGGAAAGGAUCACCCUUAAACGACCGGACCAGCUUGUGCGAAGGUUCUUCCAAGAAUAUCUUGCAAAGACGAAGAACGGGCUUUCUCACGAACCAGCCACUGUUAUUGAAGACAUGGAUAUGGAAGACAUUCCGGCUCUAAUCAGAAACCGCCCAAUCCGGAUCCAUGAUGCAGUCCUUUCCAAACUGCACACAGCGAUUCUUACGACUGAUCCUGUCUCCAACUUAUAUGUCUGUGGCGUCGGACGUGGUGGGCGCCUUGGUCUAGGCAACGAAAACACCCAAUUCCGCUUCGUUCCUGUGCAGGGAGGCCUCGCCGACAAAAAGGUAGUGCAAGUCGCACUUGGUCAAAAUCACAGUAUGGCAGUCACUGAUGCAGGUGAGCUUUGGACCUGGGGCUCAAAUAGCAAUUCCCAGCUAGGAUACAGUUUGCCACCGCCGGCCAGACAAGACGAGGAGCCUAUGAGCGCUACCCCACGACAAGUGUUUGGGACUCUGAAGAAGGAGGUUGUACUUGGCGUGGCGGCGUCUGCUGUGCAUUCCGUGGCGCACACUUCUACAUCAUUAUUUUGCUGGGGCAAAAACCUUGGCCAGCUGGCACUCAUGGAUGCAGACUCGAGAUCUCUGGAAGUCCAACAAACCCCUCGAAAAGUCGCUGCGUCUCUUUUCUCGUCACCCAUAGCCGCCGUUUCCGCUAUUGAUAAAGCGACGACGUGUUUGCUAGCCGAUAGUACGGUUUGUGUGUUCACCAGUUAUGGCUACAACUUUGUUAAAUUUCCUUCCCCUGAUGUCUUUGUCAACCACCAAUUCACCGCGUCCAUGUUGACGCGAUACGACUCAGUUCGGAACCAGGUCAACCGCAUCACAUCAGGAGGGGACACCAUCGCUGCUCUCACUACCAGAGGUGAUCUUUUUACAAUGACGUUGAAUCACAAUACCGACUCGACUCCUAUAGCGACAUCGACCACAAACCCUUCAAAAAUUAAAGGUGCUGUUACGACACCAAAGUGCGUAUGGAACGCCAGAAAAGACGGCGUCAAAUCGGCUAGUGUCGGCGAACACGGGGCCGUCAUUAUCUGUACAGAGUCAGGCUCAGUUUGGAAACGUAUCAAACGUGCCAAAGCAAAAGAUGCCGCAAUCCCUGGCUCAGCCGAUAUCAAAUGGAAAGACUUCAAAUUCCAGAGAGUACCUAGCGUAACGAAUGCUGUAGCCGUUAGGAGUUCCACUUUUGGAGCGUUUGCGGCGAUUCGCAAAGAUUGCGAUGUGAUGAAGGAACAGGUCAAUAUUAAUGAGCAAUCGCUUUGGGAUGACUUGGCACCACUUCUCAUCCUUCGAGAUUUCCAAGCAUCGACACCAGGUAGUGGGGACAAAGAUACACUUGGUUUUUGGAAAUCAGAGGACUUGAAGUAUCGUAUCGGAUUGCUUCCCUACGAGAUUCUGAAGUCAUCAGAUCUGGAGAGCGACCUUAAGCAAUACCUUCUAAUGGUACCAGAUCCAGAGACUGAUAUGGAGCUCCGCACUUCAGCGUGCCCGGAGCUCAAGAUACCGAUACACCCAUGGCUUCUCACAGGCCGGAGCUCAGUCCUACGAAGAGUUCUUAGCCAGUAUCGGAAUGGCAGCGAGGGGGAGAUACCGCAAGUCCUUCGGAUUGGAGAAGAAGGCGGGAAAACCGUGAUCACGUUUGACUCGAUCGACCUGCUUUCCCUGCUCAACAUUCUCAUUUAUUGCUAUGACGACACCGUCAUUCCGGCGUGGAACCAUACACGUCAAGCGCCAUCUCUAGCUCACAGAUAUCGCCAGGUUAGAAAUGAGCUGAUGAGGUUGGCUACAAAGCUCGAUAUGACGAAGCUUGAGGCAGCUGCUCGUCUCCAGACAACCGUUGACAAGUCUUUGGACCAAGACUUCGCCAGAGCAAUCCAGGAUCCAACGUUUUUCGAGGAUGCCGACGCGUUGGUCGAGUUAGAUGGCGAGGAAGUACCUGUUCACAGCCAACUCAUGCGCCAGAGGUGCGAUUUUUUCGAAGGGCUUUUCCACGGUCGAGCUCGGGGCCAAUGGCUUGCAGGUCGCCGCAACAUUUUGGACGAUGAAGAAUUGGUACGAGUGGAUUUAAGCCACUGCGAUCCCCAAGCUUUUCACUACGUUUUGCGCUAUCUUUACGCAGACGUUGGCGCCGAGCUUUUUAACCAAACAACCGCUGUCAAUAUUGACGAGUUUUCCGACCUGGUCAUGGCUGUCAUGAGCAUUGCAAAUGAACUUAUGCUUGACAGGCUAUCACAGAUCUGCCAGUUUGUGAUUGCACGUUUUGUUACGACACGUAAUAUCGCCCUUCUUCUGAACGAGAUUAGCCCCUGCUCAGUGACGGAAUUCAAAGAUGCUGGCUUGGAGUACAUUUGCUUGCAGAUGGAGUCCAUGCUUGAAAACCAUCUUUUGGAUGAUUUGGAAGAGGACUUACUCGAAGAUCUCGAUCACGUCGUCCGGGAGAACCAGCUGGCUCGCUAUCCCUUCGCAAGAAGCGGUCGGGCGGAGUUGCUUUUGUUCGAAAAGGACCCGGACCUUGCCCUUGACGUUGACGAGGAACGCCGACGAAGGGUACGGGAGAUGGCGUUCCGGUCAAAUCAAAGAGAAGAGGAAAAGAAGAUUUCGUCUUCGUUGAAGACGAAAUUUGGUAGCUUGGAGGACACUGCUGCUAUCACCUCUCCUAGCUUGGAAAAGGGCCGUCGGAGGUCUAAAACUAGUCGUAACGAGCCUUUCAGCCCUAGCUUGCGACCCAAGGAGUCUCACGCUGACCUCAUUUUUGAUAUGGAUGAGGAGAGUCCAUCCAUGGGCAGUCCUCCGGUCUCCCCCUUGCACAAGGCAUCCAAGGCCAGGGGCAGACCUGAGCCUGAACGGUUUUCGUCCUUGCCAGGUCCUUGGAAAGAUCUCAAGGGGCAAUCCGCAGGCGACACACAUCAGCUUCAAGUUGCCAGUCCACUCAUGGGCACACCUGCGCAGUCUGGCUUAAGCCCAUCGCGAUCGCCUCAGGGACUGGGCGGACCUAGCGCUCCGAAGGCAGGGAGUCCCUGGGGCCCAGCAGCUUUUCCGACGCAAAAGAUGGACUUGCGUCAGGCUUUGACAGAGACUCCAACCAAGUCAGCCUUGUCGGACGGUAUCGCAGCUCAAAAGAGCAAGGAGGCGUCCCCCAGGCCAUCUCAACCGAGAUUGUCGCAAAAGGAGCGCAAGAAACAGCAACAGGCACAGGCAGCGGCACAAGCAGCUUUGGAGGCCGAGGCCCAACAACCCAAGGUGGCGUGGGAUAAGGAGUCGACUGGGAACAAAACGGCACCAUGGAAGGUAGCCUCGAGUGGUCCUAAGCCGAUUCUCAAGGACACCUUGGCCAAGGCCUCGCCAAUAUCGACACCGCCUACAACGGGCGCCAAGUCUUUACUCUCGGUGGAGUCUUCAGGCAAAUCGAGCCCUAGACGGGCCGCGUCGCCUGACACCCGUUUCCCUGGCCAGUCUCGCAUCAGUAGCCCUCCCGCGACAACGAAUAUCUCGUCAAGCCAAGCACCUUCGAAGCCGCUCAUCCCCCACUCGAAAUCUUACAUCACUCCCGCACCCAAAGCCGAGCCCAUGUUGGGACUUAGUAUGGCAGACAUUAUUGGCCAACAGAAGCGCGAGCAAGAAAUUGUGCGUGAAGCCGUUGCGAAAAGGUCGAUGCAGGAGAUUCAGCAAGAGCAAGAGUUUCAGCAAUGGUGGGAUCAGGAGACACGGCGCGUGCAGGAAGAGGAAGCUAGAAGGGAGGCCAAGGAUAAGGCGAAGGGGGAGCGAAACUCGAAAGAUAGCAGAAGAGGCAGGCGUGGUCGAGGAGGAGGAGGAGGAGGGGCAGGAGGGGGAAAAGGGAAGGGUAUCAGUACACCUACGGGCCAAGCUGAUGGACCCGGCAGCAACGAGGUAGCUGCUCCGCAGAAAGUGCCGAGUGGACCCUCGAACAACAACCGAGGACGGAGUCACCGAGGCCGGGGCAGAGGCGGCAAAACAUCGACAUCAGCAUCGGCAUCUGCAUUGUGA